AUGCCGCUGGAUACGCGAGCAUACCUCGAUGAGGUCACGCUCCAAUCGUUCAUGGAGACCCAAACAACCGUCUUAAAUGCUCUUCUGGCCAUAGAGGCGCAAAGGAUAAACAGUUAUAAGGAAACAUCUAAAGAAGAAUGCUUAGAACAGUUAUCUUUUGAUGUUAAGACUGCGAUUCCAACAACAUCAUCACCACCUACUGGAACAACCCACCCGCCCACGUCUCCAUCAACGAUAAAACCGGAUGAGUUGGCUCCGCUAGCACUGGCCCUUCCACCACCAACAGCUCUUAAUGAUGCCGUCCAAGGCAUACAACGUCAGAAACGCCAAACAAGAAAUGAUACGGUUGAUUUUCGACAUUAUAUGCAGCCCGUAGCUAAUCAGAUGAAUUGUGGCGGAUGCUGGGCAUUUGCUAUGACUUCCACUGUCGAAGGAUUCUUUGCUAUGAACGGACACAGCAUUCCUCCUCUUUCGGUGCAAGAGCUUCUUGACUGUGAUCGAAAUGUGAGCACCAAAUACGGUGUGGGCAAUGUGAGCUGUAGUGGUGGUUACUUCCAGGUUAGUGUGGGAACGAAGGGAGAGACUCGCCAUGGACAUCCUUUUCAAACCACUCGGUUGCCCACAUCAACUGGCGAUAAUCAUCGCUAUGAUCGAGUAGUUCCCUGGGAAUGUGACUUAUGGAUUUUCACGUUCGCUUUAAAGACUAAAAGAGAUGUGCAAUCGGAACAGGUGCUUCGCUUGGAUCGAGAAUUCCAAUCGCAUCUCAUCUGA